AUGGAGGAGCUUAGGCUCGGCGGCGGCGGCGGCAGGGGGAAGCCGCCGAUCCCGUCGUCGGCCUCGGCGAGGAAGUCGGUGCUCUCACGGCACGCAUCCUUUGCGAGGGGCCCUUUGAGCAGUACAAAAUCUGAAACAGAGAGAACUUUUGAAAGCACAGAUGUUGAAUAUAUCCCAGUUGUACGGUCUGGAGGCUGGGCUGACAUUGGGUCAAGGAGCUCAAUGGAGGAUGUCUACAUUUGCUGUGACAACUUCCUGCAAGAUUUUGGACCUGAAAACUGUGAAGAAGGGCCCAGUUCAUUUUAUGGGGUUUUUGAUGGGCAUGGUGGAAAGCACGCUGCAGACUUUGUGUGCAGCAAUUUGCCAAGGUUCAUCGUUGAGGGUGAUGGUUUUCCGGGGGAGAUCGAGAAAGCUGUCUCCUCAGCAUUCUUACAGACUGAUGCUGCUUUUGCAGAUGCUUGCUCUGUGAACUCCUCUCUUGCAUCUGGCACGACUGCGCUUGCUGCUCUCAUCAUCGGGAGGUCACUUCUGGUGGCAAAUGCUGGUGAUUGUCGAGCAGUUGUAUGUUGCCGUGGAAAGGCGGUUGAGAUGUCCAGGGACCAUAAGCCAUCUUGCAACAGAGAGAAGAUGCGCAUUGAAGCCUCGGGUGGUUAUGUUUACGAUGGAUACCUGAAUGGGCUGCUGAAUGUUGCUAGAGCAAUUGGGGACUGGCACAUGGAAGGAAUGAAAGCAUGUGAUGGUCUUGGGCCUCUUAGUGCGGAGCCGGAGGUGAUGAUGCGGAAUCUUACUGAGGAGGACGAAUUCCUGAUCAUCGGCUGCGACGGGAUCUGGGAUGUAUUCCGCAGCCAAAAUGCGGUAGACUUUGCACGCAGGAGGCUUCAAGAGCACAAUGACCCUGUCGCCUGCUGUAAAGAGUUGGUCGAUGAGGCCAUCAAGAGGAAGAGCGGCGACAACCUUUCCGUAGUUGUCGUCUGCUUCAACUCCAUAGCGCCUCCUGUCUUAACAGCUCCCAGGCCUCGCGUGCAGAGAAGUAUAUCCGCAGAAGGCUUGAGGGAGCUGCAGGGCUUCCUCGAUAGCUUGGCGGACUGA